AUGUUGGCUAACUUUAUGUUGGACACCAGAAGCAUCUCCUACCCUGGAUGCCUUCUGCAGAUGUACUUCUUUGCUCUUUCAGGAACUGCUGAGUCCUUCCUUUUGACAGCCAUGGCAUAUUGUCGCUAUGUAGCAAUAUGUUACCCCUUACGUUACUUCCUAAUAAUGAGCCAGAGAGUGUGUAUAGGACUAGUAGCUGGUUCAUGGCUUGGUGGGACCAUCGUAGCUUUCAUACAGGCCAUGUUGAUGCUCAGGUUAACUUUCUGUCAUUCCAACACAAUUGACCACUUCUUCUGUGACAUUGUGCCGUUAAUCAAGCUGGCCUGUGGGGACACCUCUGUGAAUGAGAUUGAACUUUUGGUGGUUGCUACUUCUGUGGUGAUGAUCCUUUUCUUACUGAUCCUUAUUUCAUAUAUUCAUAUAAUUUCUGCUAUUCUCGCAAUGCCUUCUGCUGAGGGCAGGAGCAAAGCAUUCUCCACUUGCUUGUUCCACAUCAUAGUGGUCUCUCUGUUCUAUGAAACAUGUAGUGCAAUGUAUUUAGGGAACACUUCUUCCUCAUCAGAAAUGGGAAGUAGGAAUAAUAAAUUAAUCAUCCUUCUCUAUGCAGUGGUGACCCCAAUGUUAAACCCUAUUAUCUAUACCCUGAGAAAUAAGGAAGUGAAAGGAGCCCUUAAAACAAUAAUAGGCAGGCUAAGUCCAUGA